AUGGCUGACAAGCAAACACUGGGAGAAGGUAGUAAUGGCUUUAAAGUUCACAACUCCGGUGAUUCUUCAGAAGAGGAGCCAGAAGACCAGAACCUGUGGCCCAGACAUCUGGCCCAAAAAUGGAUCCCAAUGCUGUUUAUGGGCACCUGCCUCCUCUACUGCGCCAGGAUGGCCAUGCCAAUCUGUGCAGUGACAAUGGCAACCUCAUUUCACUGGACUAAGAUCGACUCUGGGCUGGUUCUGGGAGGAUUCUUCUGGGGUUACUGUUUCACACAGAUCCUGGGAGGACAUAUCAGUGACAAGGUGGGAGGAGAGCGUGUCCUGUUCAUCUCUGCAGUAUCAUGGAGUCUGAUCACAGCGGGAACUCCUCUUCUGGCAAAAUUAGGCUCUCACACCCUCGCUCUCAUGACUAUGGCCAGAUUCCUUAUGGGACUACUGCAGGGUGUUUUUUUCCCAUCUUUGGCCAGUCUGUGCUCUCAGCGAGUGGUGGAAGGAGAGAGAGGGUUUUUAAUGAGCACCAUGAACAGCGGAAGCUUUCUUGGGACUUUAUUAGCUGGUGGAAUGGGGUCCCUGAUGCUCGACUCGUACGGCUGGGAAAGCAUCUUCUACAGUAUUGGUUUCCUGUCUGGACUCUGGGCUCUCCUCGUCUGGCAGUGUUUCUUAAAAGGUGAAGUUUCCUUGAAGCAGAUGGAACCCAGUGUUGACUCACAGUGGAGUUUGUCAAGAACACGCUUCCUCAGUCUUUUUAAGGAGCCGGCUGUCUGGGCGAUGGUUUUUGCUCACAUGUGCAUUUGCAGCACCUCGUACACGCUACUGUCAUGGCUGCCAACAUACUUCAAAGAAUCCUAUCCUCAAGCCAAGGGAUGGGUGUAUAAUGUCAUCCCGUGGUUUUGUGCGAUUCCUUCAGCACUUUGUGGAGGAUAUGUUUCAGAUUUUUUCAUCAGCCAAGGAUACAGUGUAGCAGCUGUGAGAAAGAUAAUGCAGUUCUUUGCCAUGGGAGUAUCCAGUAUCUUUAUAAUGCCUCUGUCUGGAGUGGUUUCAUUUCCCUCUGCAGUGAUUUUCAUCUCUGCUACUGUGGGGUUAACCACCUUCUCCAGUGGAGGAGUGUCUGUGAAUGUGCAGGAUCUCACACCAUCAUGUGCUGGCGCUCUCUUCGGUUUUAUGAACAUGCUUGGUGCUUUUAUGGGGCUGCUGAUGGUCUCACUGUCAGGUUACCUGAUCGAGGUCACGCUGUCGUGGGCCUGGGUGUUCUCACUCAUCACUCUGGUGAACGCCACAGGACUCGGGAUCUUCCUCAUCUUUGGAGACGCUCGCCGUGUCGACCUCAGUGAUUACAGCCAGGUUCCUGUGAUCAGACUCUGAGAUUCUGUUUCACAUGUCAGACUGGGAGAUCAGGAUUUUACCGGUCAGAAAAGGACACUAGAAAAAUAUUGAGUUUACUUAAAAUCACUGUGAUAGCACUGUGUGCUGCGUGUGAUUAAACUAAACAAAUAUUUAUCAAUGUAUUAACAGUGUAAAGUAGUUAUUUUUCUUUUUGAAAUAUUUAAUUUAUUCAUGAUGUCAUGUAAAUUACUAGAUGCUGGUGACUUUCACUUAUAAAGGCACAUAUUGAUAAAGAAUACAAAGUUAUUUGGGCAAAUUAAAAGGAAGUAUCCUUUCAGGUAAACUGUCAGAAAAGACACUUAAAUAACUUGAGUCCAUUGUGAUCAGUGAAUAGCUGAACACACAGCUAGUUUGCCUUAAAACGUGGUAACAAUGUGUCCAACCAAAUACCAGAAAAAAGCGACGCCUUUUACUCCUUUGCUUUUCUAUAAACACGAACAAGACAGGAGUAAACUGAGUAUUUGAUUGUGAAUAUUUUCCUCUCCAGAUUUCAUGGCACCAGAAUGCUUAUUAUAUGAGUGAGACUUCUACAUUUUGAGAGGAUUUUUGUCAGUGAAACUGUGUCUUAAAAGUGUGUUUUUAGGUAAGUUAUAUGCUGGUAACUGAUGAGUCAUGCCUCCAAAGCUUUGUUUUGUUUAUUUAAGCCAAAAUGUUCAAAUUCAGCAGAGGGAGAUG